GUUAUUUAUUCCUAUUGCUUUCCUGUUUGUACUGAAGAUGUCAAAUAAUUUUUUGUUCGUUCUCUCAUUAACAUUUCCGUGAAAAUCAAGGAAUCCUUGUUUUUCCAAAAAAAAUUCUUAAUGAUACCUGUAUGUUUGUAAUAGGUACUAUAACACUUGAAGUAUUUAUUGUGUUAUAUUCUGUCUUAUUAAUUAAUUAUCCCUUUGUAAUUAAUUAUUUCAAUGUCUCAUUCACUUAUUAAUUUGUUUUCAUUUAUUUUUUUUUAGCUUGCUCUCGGUAAUGUCAUAUCUGCUUUGGGUGACAAAACAAAACGAGGCUGUCAUGUGCCUUAUCGUGACUCUAAAUUAACCCGUUUGCUUCAAGAUUCUUUAGGUGGAAAUUCUCGCACAAUUAUGAUCGCCUGUAUUAGUCCAUCUGAUUGUGAUUUUUUAGAAACUUUGAAUACCCUUAAAUAUGCAAAUCGCGCACGUAAUAUACGUAAUCGCGUCACUAUGAACCAGGAUAAAACAAGUAAGCAGUUGGCGACAUUACGCGCUCAAUUGGCUGCUUUGGAGGAAGAAUUAAACGAAUACAGACAAGGCAGACGACUUGCAAUAACAAAUAAUUCUGGUAAUUCAAGUGAUUUAUCACGAGAGAUCAAUAUGCUACAAUCCGAAAAUGACAAACUUCGUCUUCGCGUUAAAGCAUUGGCUGUUACUGUAGAUGCUUUAAAAGUUCGAAAUGCACAACUGCUUGCCGAUCAAGAGACAUGUUCUUGGGCAGCAUUGAAAUUUCGGUUAUCUGGAGCAGAACAUACUAAUGAAUCUGAUAAACAAACAAGCGAGGUAGAAUCUGAUAGGUCAUCAUCACUUGGUCUCAUUUCUGCUGAUGCAGAAGAUUUUCGUCAUCUUGUUGAAAAGUAUACCGUUGAAGUGGAAGAAUUACGCACUAAAUUGGCGGAAGCUGAGGCACUAGUCGAAUUCAGUCAACGACCGUACACGCAUGCUUCACCAGCUCAAAUUAGUCGUUUAUCAGAACGUCGAUUUGGCUCAAAAAUGGAUUCAGUUUUUACACCCAAUCGUGUUGCCUUCACAAGCAAUGAAUUCCCAGACCUUGAUUCUAGCAUGUUAGCUGCUGCCGAAGCGGGAUUAUCUGCAGUAAAUACUUACUUCAGUAAUGAAGUACAAGUGGAUGAUAACACUAUUGAAGCUAGUUAUCCUCACAGACAGCGCAAACGGCGACGCAGAAAGAGGCAGAUAAUCAAUACACAGAGUGAAGAACGUAAACCUCUUAAGUCGAAACUCAAUAAUGUUGAUAUGCAUUCUGAUGUGGAACACUCCGAGAGUGUUGAUUCCCAGAAAAGAAGACUGCAUAAAUUUAUAGUCAAUGACUUAGAUGGAGGCGUAAUUGGUGAUGAUGAUGAAGAUCGUGAGAAUAAAAUAACUGGAACAUUGAUUGGUGUAUCUGUUGAGAUUGAAAGUGGCAAUAUGGGCGACGAAACUCUUUUAGGCAGUGUAAGUAUAUCCAGUAAUGAUUCAGGAGAUAAACAAUGCGAUAAAAUGGAUGAUGCUACAGAAUUCACGGAUUCAUGUUCAGACACUGAUUUAGAUGAUACGAACGAUGAAAAUGAUAUUUUAACAAAUAUGGAUACCCAGACAGUUAAUAAACCUCCAUGUGGAAUAAAGGAAGCUCGAUUACACCAGAGUUUAGCUCACGUAUCGUCAGAAAUCGAUUCUAAGCAAAGACUAAUUGCCGAGUUACAGUCUAAAGCUGCCGAACUUGAUCAUCUGAAAAAUCAUUACGAACGACAAAUGGCAAGUCUCCAGUGGCGUAUUAAAGAAACAGAGCAUGAAAGGGAUUCGGUAAUUGCUAAUUUAAGCCAAAUCGAACACACUGGUGAAGAACGUUUAAAGCGCACUCGAGAAGAGUUUGAAAAAAAGCUAUCUGCAUUACAAGAGGAAGUUUCACAACUCCAUCUAGCUCGUCAGGAACAAAUCCGACUAGAACGACAACAAUCUAAGAAAAAUGACGAGUUACGCCAACUAAGACAAGAACUGGAACAACUACGUCGGUACAAAAUUGAGUUAACCAGGCGUUUAAGGGAGGAAACACAGCGUACUCGUCAUUUAGAGGCCUUGUCAGCUAAGCGCGUUAUGGAACUGAAAAAAGCCAAAUCACAAGCCGAUAAUCAAAUUAGAUCAUUGGAAGCAGCACAUUCAGCUAAAGAUCGUGCAUUGCAACAGAAACAAGCUGAGUUGGAUCUCCUCAAACGUAAGAAUAUUGAACAACAGAGACAAUUGUCCUCUUCAUUUACUAAUCGCAUGACUCAAAGUGUAAUAGGAAUAACUGGAUCAGGUUGGAGUUCACUACGCAAACCAGUUCGUCGAACUUCAUUGGCUGGUUCAACAUUUAAUCGAAGUCGUUUAUUUGGAUCUGCAAAAGCUAAAUGGGCUGUAGUAUCGAAAGAAUUGGACGCUGAUGUUGAACGUCUUCAAAAGUCAGCACGUUUAGAACAUGAUCUUCAAACGUGGAUUCGUGAACGUGAAUGCUUAGGACGAAGGUUAAAACGCUUACAACUUCGUAGAGCUCGCAACGAAGAAAAUGCAAACAAUGAUUCUGAGGAAGUUGAGAAUUCAAGUAAAAUAGCUGAAUUUGAUGAACAAAUAAGAAAUGUUACAGCACAACUCGAAUCUGUUCAAGACGCUAUACAGGAAUGUCAAGCUAGUAUUAUUGAAUUUGAAAAAUGUGGCUCUAACUUAUCAAAGGUCACUGAAAAUAAACCUACAAAAUCAAUUGUUUCACGACAAGAUCUCUCUUCAAGUAACAAUCAGUCAAAUAAUAUUCAUGCAUUAUUCUCAAGCUGCACAUUAACUGAAGCACGUUUUUUGCUUAGCAAACUUUUUGACACAGCUGUCUCUCGUGGUCUACUAGCCAGUCGGUUGCAACAGAAUGAAAACCAACUACGGGCUAAUAUGUUGGUCAAAGAACAAGAACGAGAGCAAGAACUAGAAAUGCUUAAGUUAGCAAUUCAGCAAUCCGGAGUACCAUCAGAUAAUGUUGAAGCAAUAUUCUCUGGUAACGAGCGCUUAAUCCGAAGAACAAAUUCUUGCCCAUAUCAUGGAACAUCAAAUGUCACAGGCUGUGAAUGUUGUAGUUGUACUGUAUUAUCGGCACCACUUUCCUCGGACGAUUCCUCAGACGGUAUACAGAAUGAUGAUAGCCAGUGGCAAGUGGAUUCAGCUAAUUUCACUAACAUUUCUUCUCACUAUAUGUCCCACUCAAUGUAUGCGAAUAUAGAAUUGUCGAACUCAUCAAAAUGUGCUUCAAAAGCAACAGAGGUGCCUGGUUCUGGUGGUAGUUACAGUGUCUCAGAUAAUAAUGUCAACGUUAGUGGUUUUAGUCAGGGAAUAAUUAGCAAAGCUAGACGACGUGUACUACAAGCUGAAGAUGUGCUUGGUGUUUCAUCAAAUUCAUUCGCAACAAUUUCACAAUCGUCAAUUUGUGAUUCCAUGCCUCCACCUAGUUCCACUUUACAUCGACGUCCACGCACUGCACACAGUUCAUGUAUCCUACCGAAUAAUUCAUCUACUCUUCGUCCUACUUGCCCCCUAAGUGCUGGUCAGUCACCUACAACUAAAAGACGUGUAGCGACAUCUGUUAAUUUAAACUCUGGUUCAUCAAACGCACAAAUUGGUUCAACACGUACUAAUAUUUGUAAUGGAUCUAAUACAAUGUCAACCUCUCUCAUUUUACCAAGUACUAACAAUACUGAUAGCAUGUCAACUGAAACUAAUGAUCCGAUCAGUCCACCAAAUUAUAAAGUAAUUUCAGUAGGUUCUUCUAAUACAGUCAAUGAUGUAUUUAAUCGACUAACUAGUGGAAUGUCAAAUUCACCAAAUCCAAGCAGAGGUUCUAUACAACCUUUGUCUAAAAUAAAUCCAAGUUUGGUAUCCAGCGGCACCAACAUGAAUCCGAUUUCAAGUUCUACUGCGUCCAAUCAAUCUUAUCACUUAGCACCUUCAUCAGCUGGUCACUGUUCGACCACUUUAACCGUUCCAAUUAAUAGUUCAUCUGAAAACUCUUUGAAUCAACCUUUGGCUGCAUUUUUCACCUCAUGUUCUACUUCUCAAUUAAUGCAUACAUCUAAUGGUACUUCUUGUCAUAUUUCUGCUAAUGUGAAUACUACAGGUCCAUCUAUAGUUCAUCAGUCUGUUGGUUUCGCUCCACCAAUUGAAUGUACUCACAUAGCUAAAGGUCAUUCAAACGCCGUUCUCGAUAUCGACGUAAUUCGUGAAGUUAUGAUAACUGGUAGUAAAGAUCGUACUGCAAAAAUUUGGGAUUUAGCUACUAUGGAAGAAGUGGACACAUUGCAUGAUCAUCCGAAUAAUGUGACUAAAGUUAAAAUGUGUUCAUCAUCAAAUUUGAUUUUUACUGUUUGUUCUUACUUCAUUAAAGUUUGGGAUCGUCGUGAUGUACGCCGAUGUAUUCGUACCCUAUUAUCGAGUGGCCUCAGUCAGGAAGGUUCUUUAGAAACGAAGGUUAUGCGUCGUCAAAAUAUUUGUCCACCUGGCGAAACAAACAUUAUGGAUAUUACCCUUGGCGGAUCUAAUCCAUCAUUAAAUCACCUAAUGUUUUCAGCUACUGCUAAUUCUGUAAAAUUGUGGGAUUUAAGACGAUUUUAUUGUGUAGGAAAACUACACGGUAGUCAUCAGGCCCCUGUAAUGGUAUUGGCUGCUGCCCAAACUCCGUGUAAUUCUCCAACCGCUGAUUCGGAACCUAGAUUAACCGUAGUUACUGGUUCAAAAGAUCAUUACAUAAAAGUGUUUGAUGUUUCUUCAACGACAUCUGGUUUACUUACACCUACUCUUGAUUUGGAACCACCACAUUAUGAUGGAAUAGAAUCUCUAGUUAUCCAUGGGAAUAUUUUAUUUUCUGGUUCAAGAGAUGCUGCAAUUAAAAAGUGGAAUUUAGAAAAAAAUGGUCGCCAAGAAGUAUUACUUGCACAAGCUCAUAAAGAUUGGAUACAGGGUAUGGGUAUUACACACGAUGGGACAAAUCUUAUUAGUGGUUGUCGUGGUGGUACACUUAAGCUUUGGAAAGUAGAAGAUUGUACUUGCUUAGGAGAGAUUAACAAUGCACACGAUGGCGCUAUUAAUUGUGUGAGAACAUAUAAAGAUCGUGUAUUCACUGCUGGCAAUGAUAGAGAUAUACGAUUUUGGAAAUUUAUCAAUUAAUCUGGUCAAAUUAACUGGAUUAUGUUGUUGAACAUGCGAAACACCAGGAGUUAAAUUUCAAUCAAUAUAACUUAUAUUAUUAGCUUGCUUGAUUGCACAAUCAUUUUCUGUGAUAUUUAUCGUAGUCCAGAAUCUUCCUCUUAAAUUACCACCAGUGAUAUCUAGAAUUAAGAUAAAAGAGACAGAUUACUAGUUGCUUCAUAAUAUAUGUGUGACUAAAUGUCAUUGCUAACUCUGAAUCAUUCCCAUCAUAUAUACAUUAUAUACUUGUAAAAAUCUAUGUAAAUAAUUGUUUUUGUGAAUGUGCAUUUCAUUCUAAAUUAACUUAUUAAUUAUUUAAUUAAUCAACAAAGAAUACCGAUGCAUUUAAUCGAGAAAUUAUUCUUUAAAUAAUUAAAUUAUUAUUAUCAUUAUUUGGUUGUUUCUUUUCCUUAUAUGAUAAUUAUAUCCGAUCAUAUAAUAAUAAUAAUAAUAAUAAUAAUAAUAAUAAUAAUAAUAAUAAUAAUAAUAAUAAUAAUAAUAAUAAUAA